AAAAAAAAAACACACACACAGCGAAAAGAGAGGGAGGAGUGUUAGUACAUUGAAAUACAGAAUGAAAAGGAAUGUAAAAAGUAACAAAACUCAGUUAGAUGCGAAGAGAAAGAAACGGUGAAACAGAACGGAAGAAAAGGAAAAAUCAAUCAAAAAUAAGAAAAUUAGAUAGAAGUGACAGACACGCAACAACGAAACGGAACAGAAAAACUGAAGGAAAGAAGUAAAUUGGAAAGCAGAAAGUGAAAAGAUACAAAAAAUAGUAAGAAAAAGAGGAAAUAAAACGUAAAUAGGAAGAAGUGCUACACCAAGAGAAAGAGAUAGAAAGAGAGAGAAAAAAGAGAGAAAGAGAGAGAGAGAGGGAGAGAGAGAGCCGCAUCACCACACCUGUCCUAAAAGUAAUUAGCUCUCACCUCCCUCCCCGUCACCUUCAGCAUCAGGAGGGAAGGAGCCACGGCGGGACAAGAGACCGACUCCCUUUCCAUUUCCUCCUCUCUCUCUCCUGCCUUUCCUCCAACAUGGCGGCGGUAUAAAGGAGGUAGCCAUGGCGACGAGUCACCUCUUGCGGCUUCCCCUCCUCCUCCUCCUCCUCAUCCACCUCCUCCACCUCGUCCUCCACGCCUCUUGCACCUCCGCCCAGGUUGGUUCCCACGACAAUGAUGGCGGCGGCGAGGGCGGCGACGAAGGGCGUGGCUGGAGCGGUGGCAUGGCUGCGGGCGGCGAGGACCUUCCCGUGACCAAGACGCGGGUGGUGUAUCCCUUCAGAACUGACCAGUACGGACACGUUAUCUCUCCUUAUGUGUUUGGCAGCUCGCAGCACCCACGCCGCCCACGCUCCGUCAGCAGGGCCUCCCAGCACGCCCCUAAGGCCCGCAGAAGAGUGCGCAGGGAGGCAGUCACCAUGGGAGAGGCAGACUUUCCCGAGCAUGAAGACUGGGACACUGAGGAGAGAGAAGGAGAUGAGGAAACGGUGAUGGAGGAGGAGAGUAGUGGUGGUGGUGGUGGUGGUGGUAAAGGUGACGAUGAGGACAGUAACAAGUUGUUCAUUAUGAUCAACAACGAGGACGAGGAACUCUUCCUGAACCUGACGGCCAACACCCGCCUGGUGACGCCCUACACCAUCAUUGAAUGGGUGCUGGAGGGCGGGCGGCGGGUGGUGAAGACGGCCUCAGCUUCCUCAGGGAACUGUUUCUACACAGGCCGCCUCAACACCACCUCACACUCCUUGGUGGCCGUCAGCAACUGUGACGGCCUGACGGGCUACAUUCAGACCAGUGACGCGGGUUACUUCAUCGAGCCCCUCAAGAGGAAGGGCGUGCCGCAGGGCGAUCCUGACCUGGAAGCCUCGUCACCUGGGCCGCAGCCUCACCUCAUCUAUAAGGUGGAGGACGUGACCAGCCGCCUUAACCUGUCCUUGCAGCAGGACCAGGAGUUCCAGGCAGGCCGUGAGGAGGACGCGGCUGGCUCGCCCUCACACACGAUCGAUAUUUCAGUCUCGAAAGAAGGCCAAACAGAAAAAGAAGCUACCAUCCUUGAAAUAAUUCAAGAAUUAAAUCGGAGACGAAGAAGUUUCUCUCCUUUAGCCUCACGCCGGCCGGGGAAGGUGGAGGCGAAGGAGAAGGGCACUGGAGCGAGGAGAGAGGAAAGUCUUGGCAGCAGCAGCAUCAGGAGUAAGGACGCAAGCAGGAGGAGAAGGAGAUGGUCAGGUAGAGUCCCAAAGUUCCUGAGACGUCCCAAGUUUGUCCCAGCAGCCAUGGAACGAAGAGGACGCUCCGCCCACACCCACACGGCGGAGUUCGAUGCUCCGCAAGACUACGCCUCCACGGACUGGCACAGGACGAGGAGGAAUCAAGCUGAAGAAGAGGAGGAAGCCACGCCUCAGACAAGUGGAACACAAGCCGGGGCGGAGGAAGAGGAGGAGUCGAGAGGUGAGAGGGAAGAGAAUCACGUAGAGGACAUAGAUAACGCAGCCUCUGGGAAUAAGAAAAGGAAGGGAAGGAAGAGACGAAAGAAAACCGGAAGAAACCGAGCAUGCAAACCUGUAAGAGAAGGCGGAGGGGCAGAAGAAGGAGAUGAGUCGAUAAGUGAGAGAAGCGACAAUAACCUUACAGAAAAUAACGAAGGCGGAUGCAAAAAUGUCGGAGAGAGAAGACAAAGAAAAAUGGAAGAGAGAGCUCGAAGGAGACAGGAGAAGAGAAGACAGCGAGAGGAGAGAAGGAGGGAAAAAGAACGGAGAAAGCUGGAAAAUAGGAAAAAGAGGAAACUGGAAAGGAGAAAGCGAAGGAGGGAAUGCAUGGAGGGGAAACAAGGAGAUGAGGGAUCUGGGGAAGCGGAAAACUGUGAUGUGGAGGAAGAAGAGAGGAGAGUACGAAGGAACCACAGAAGGGAAGAAAGGCAAAAAAGACGAAAGGAAAAGCAGCGAAGGAAGAAAAGGAAGAAGAAGAGAAAGAAAACGUCUGGAGAACAAGAGACGGUGGCAGAAGAAGAGAGGAACAGCCAAACACAAGCCCCUGAUGUCUCGUCCUCGCCGCCAAUCUCCUCCAGGCCCCAGGACCCCUUUGAAGGCCUCUCCUGGGACGGCUACUCACCUGACAUGUGGGAAACUCAGGUGGCUGCAGGCAUCUCAGGAUUGGAGGAGGAGGAGUGGGGCGCGUCUCCCCCGCCGGAGGAGGUGGACCCUGAAAAGUGGCUGGAGCUGGUGGUGGCCGUGGACAGAACCGUCAUCGCCUUCCACGGGGACGAGGCAGUGGAGCGUUAUGUCUUCACCCUCUUCAAUAUCGUGAGCGCUAUCUACGAGGACCCGUCACUCGCCGCCAAUCUGCACCUUGUCAUGCUGCGGAUCAUCUUCUACAAGGACGCCGCGCAGGACCAGGUGCGUGAGGGGCAGGCGAAGAAAUCCCUGGAGGCAGUAAACAGGUGGGCGGAACGACUGCACCGAGUGUCCCCCGCAGCUCUGCGCCACGACCUGGGCGUGUGGCUGACGCGCGUGAACCUCGGGGGUCCGUCUGGUUAUGCACCUGUGUCCGGCGUGUGUCAGCCGGAGCGGUCGUGCACCCUAAACAGGGACGAGGGUCUCACCUCCGCCUUCAUCAUCGCCCACGAGAUGGCGCACGUCCUGGGUAUGAGUCACGACGGGGAUCCAGUGGCGGGCAACACGUGCCACCAGGAGGGCUUCCAGGGCUCCGUGAUGGCUCCCCUCGUCGCCGCCACGUUCAGCAGGUUCCACUGGUCCUCGUGUUCCCGCUCAGAGUACCACAGCAAGUCAAAGAAUUGGUCUUGCUUGACCAACAGGCCGCAGUGGGAGAACGCGACCACCGUGCACUCCACCAUCCACUACCAGUACUCCCUCGACGACCAGUGCAGGAUGGAGUUCGGUAAUGGGUACGGGCUGUGCUCCGAGAUGGGCGGGUCGGACCCUUGUACCCACCUGUGGUGCGGCAACUCCUCGCUACCCUUCCACUGCAAGACCAAGAAGGGCCCGCCGCUGGAAGGAACCGUCUGUGGGGAGCAGAAGUGGUGCCGACAUGGGUUCUGCGUGGCGAUGGGACAGGAGCUGGAAGAGGCAAGCGGAGAGUCCCCCGUCAGACACAACCCACGUAACGGCGGCUGGAGUGACUGGGGGCGGUGGGGUCCUUGCUCCAGAACCUGCGGCGUCGGUGUGGCCUUCAGGAUCCGCCAGUGUGACAACCCCAAGCCAGCGUGGGGUGGGAGGCGGUGUCGUGGCAAGAGGGAGGAAUGGAAGCUGUGCGGGACGGAGGACUGCCAGCUGCCCCGUGUCGACCUCCGGGCCCAGCAGUGCUCCAUCCUCACCACCAUCGUGAACCUGGACUCCCGCCGCGCUGCCCUCAGGUGGCUGCCCUACGAACCAAGGAGAAGGAGGAAGCGUUGCCGUAUCUCCUGCUACAGCCACGGCACCAAUGAAGUCUACAUAGGGAGGGACUUUGUGGUGGACGGCACUCCCUGUUCUUACGACGAUCCUGAUGACAUUUGUGUGCAGGGCAAGUGUGUGACUCUGGGCUGCGACAAAGUGGUGGGGUCAAAGGCGCAGGUGGACGAGUGUGGGGUGUGUGGCGGGGACGGGGCCACCUGCUCCAGACACACCCACACCUACCACCAAACUCCCGCGACAGAGUACUCCUUGGUGACCACGCUCCCCGCCGGCGCCUGGAACAUCAUGGUGCAGGAAGAGGCGCCCACCAGGAACUUCCUCGCGCUCAGGGAAAACUCCUCUUCCUUUCCUCUCAACGGCGGCAGGAGUCAGGAGCCCUCUAGGUCCUUUAUCAGUGAAGGCGCCAAGUUCGUGUACACCAACAUUGGAGAGAGGGAGAUGUUGCGAGCCCGAGGACCUCUGCUGCAGCCUGUCUCUCUGAUGAUUCACGGGAGCCGAGCCCAGGAGGAGGUGCAGGUGACCACCACCUUCCUGACGCAGUUGCAGCAGGAGCACUACCAAUGGGAAGUGGGGCCCUACACCGCCUGCUCCGUCACCUGCGGCGGGGGUGAGCAGCAUCAAACACUCGUGUGCAGGGACCGCCGUACGGACCACCAGGUGUUCCACGACCGCUGCCACCACCUGCCCCGACCCGCCCUCAACACUACUGCCUGCAACACCUUCGGGUGCGAGGCGCGGUGGGUGGCGGGUUCAUGGGAACACUGUUCAGCAACCUGUGGGCCAGCGGGCGUGCAGCAGCGCGUAGUGUUCUGUGUCAAUCUUCCCGAGGCCUCAUCAGCCAACUGGACUCAAGGCAUCGUUGAUCCCCGCAGGUGCAGCGGCACACCACGCCCUGAGGCGCGCCGCCCUUGCCUGCGUGAUCCCUGCCCCGGGGUGUGGACGCCGCAGGGAUGGUCUGAGUGUUCCAGUACCUGCGGGGAGGGCGUAGAGUCGCGGGUGUGGGAGUGUGUGGGCGGCGGCGGCAACGAGGUGACGUACGAGUGUGGUCCUAAGCCGCGGCAGGAGAGGGUGUGCUUCAAGUCGCCGUGCCCCUCCGCGCCCUGCCUGCGGGACGCCUCGCCCUUCUGCCAGCUGCCAGUGCUACACAGAUACUGUCAGCUACCCAAGUACCGCGACCUUUGCUGCCACACUUGCGCCAACGUCGUGUACUAGGUUAGAUUAGCAACGUGCACACAUACACAUACCUACACACACACACACACACACACACACACACACACACACACACACACACACACACACACAUACGAGAUGUAAACUAAAAUAUGUGCAACUCCGUGUUCUUUCUGUAGUCAGGUCAACCCAGUACCUUUUGUGUUCAUUGUCCCGGUGCGGCUGUGUACGCGAGGAGGAGAAAGAGGAAGAGGAAGAGGAGGAGGAAGAGUAGAUGGAAGUGGUGAUGGUGGUGGUGAAGGUGUAAAUAAUGUUGAUGAUAGCAGAAGUGAUAGUGAUGGUGGGCGGUGGAAGAAAUAAAGACAAAGAGGAAAAGAAAGAAAAAGAUGGAGAAUAAAAUAGACAAGAAAAGACAGCGGGGAAAUAAGAAAGAGAGGAAUGAGAGGAUCGUUUAGUUAAAGAAUGAGAAGGACAAAAAAGGUAACGAGGGAAAACAGUGAAGCAGGUACUGAAUGUAAGAAAGGAAGGCGUAAAGAAAAUAAAAAUGAAAAGUAUGAAACAUGUGAAUGAGAAAAUGAAGAAAAAUUGGAGUGUUUUGUUCCUGUGACUCCAAGAAUAAGACUACAACCAACGCCACCACCACCACCACCACCACCACCACCACCACCACUACCACUGAAAAUGUGGAAUAAUGACUCCUCUUCAUCACAAACAAAACUAAUGCCGCUUAUAAUCUCCAUUUGUGUCGUGAAAUAAUAAACACUAAUAAUAAGAGAAAAAAAAAAGGAAAAGAUGAAAACACUUCUCAAUAUUAAAUAGAUAAAGAAAGGAGAAAGCAAUAUGAAUCUUAGUGCUGAACAUAAUAGAUAAAGGACAAAGAAAAAUACUGAUAAUGAACAGACGAGAAUGAAAGAAAAAAGAAGCGUUAUUAGUGAACCGAAAGCAAAUGAUAUAAAGAAAAGGUAAAAAGGUUUGUACAUUUUUGUGUCAAUGAGGCGAGAAACAAAAAAACAAGAAGAGGAAAUACGAUUCGUAGACUUAUUAUACUUAUUUGCUAAUGAGUUGAGUGAGCAAGGCAAUGAGCAAAUACCUGAGUGAUUGAAUGCGUGAGUGCGUUCGUGAGUGCGUGAGUGCAUGUAACAAAGACUGUUGAUGAGGCUGCAAUGUACGUACUUAGGUGUUUGUUUUGGUUAUUCAUCAAGAGCAUUUACGUAUGGUGAUUAUUAUUAUUACCAUUAUUAUUGUUGUUAUUAUUAUUAUUAUUAUUAUUAUCAUUAUUAUUAUUAUUAUUAUUAUUAUUAUUAUUACUAUUAUUAUUAUUAAUUUUAUUGUUAUCAUUAUUACUACUACCACCAUCAUUGUUCUUUGUUGUUCCGUGCGGACAUUAUACGUAGUAAUGUGUUCAUUCAUGAUGUGUUAUAAAAGUACAUAUUAUUAUGUACGUUACCAUUCUCUCUCUCUCUCUCUCUCUCUCUCUCUCUCUCUCUCUCUCUCUCUCUCACGGAUUAACAGUCCAAACAUUUACUUAUCUGUUCGUCUGUCUGUCGGUGCCAAGGUUUGUUUGUCUGAUGGUGAUUGUAAUUAACAAACUUGUAUAGAUGACAACAGUUAAUAACGCCAAGGAAUAGAAUGUGUCUCAGCAGGCUGGGCGGGGGCGGGGCAGGGCGGGACGGGCGGUGUGUGUGUGUGUGUGUGUGUGUGUGUGUGUGUGUGUGUGUGUGUGUGUGUGUGUAGGUGGGUGGGUGAGUGGAUGACUGCAUGUAAUGUAUAGUGAGGCUGUGUAAGUAUAUCAGUCCGUCAGUCAUUUCCAGUUAAACGUUAAAAAAACA